CAACAACGCCACAACAACGGUCAAUCACCAUCACCCACAAGAAUUAUUCCAGCACCAUCCUCAUCCACUUCAUCAUCAUCAUCAUCAGCAGCAGCAACAGCAAUACCCGUGCUACUACCAACUUCCGCCUCCACCUCCGCAAUACGCGUACUACCAUCAUCCUCAUUACUAUCAUCCUUCUUACAGCUACCAGGUUCAACAACAACAACACGCACCCCAUCCUCCACCACCCAUGAUGACCACAAGUCCUACUGCUUCGAGCGCAUCAUCUACCUCCGUAGCCGACCUGACAUCGUCUGUUGCCACCACCACCGCCAGCGCAACCAUUGCAACGAUGACCAACACGGACCAUCCGUAUGCAAACAACGCGGGUCGCACAGACCCAGAAGAGUUGCUUGCGGAUGACCUGCACCGUCGCGCAUCUACAAUCUCCGACGCUGUAACCACAGCCUCUUCUGCAGAAAUAUGUCGUCGCUUCAGUAACGGUAGCACCAGCAGCACCGCUGCUUCAAGUAUGGUGACGUUACCUAGUGUGGAGGAGAAGCCGACGUGUGUUGCUUCACCUGCUGUUCUCAGUAGUUGUACGAGUACUAGUAGUACGGGUGCAGUAGCGGCGGCAGCAGUAGCUAAUACUACAACAACUUCCGUUGUCAGUCCCUUGGUAACGCCGCCACCUCCGCAACCGCAAGAAGAAGAGGAGGAGCGUAAACAACAACAACAACAACAACAACCCGUUUCCUCAGCUGCGUCAUCUUCACCAUCACCUGAUCCUGUUCAUGAUGCUAUGAUGGAUGACGACGUUGAAACCGCCACUCCUCUUCCUACUACUAGCAGCACAACCUCCGAGCAAACAAUGCCACGCGUGUCCGCUGAAAAUGAAGGAGAAAACGACAAAGAGGUCGUCAAAGACAAGGAUCUGUCAAUAAAAGUGAAUCAAGACGAUGAUGAUGCUGUUACAGUCGAGGAAGACGACGACGACGACGAACUACCGAUUUGGGCGGACCCCGACCGCGUACGCGAGAAUCCGACACGCUACGCCUACGUCAAGACAUACAUGGACAAACACACUAUUCCGAAAACAUCCGCCAUGCCAUUGCCCAACGUCUGCACAUUCUACUUUAGCGAGACGAAUGCGAGCAAGGGCCAAAAGACGGCCAACUACAUGUCGACGGUGCGGCCCUUGUUUGAUUGCCAGACGGUGUGGGACUUUUCGUCGCGCUGGCGACACUACAAAAUGCUGCAACGGCGUCGUCCGUCGCAAAUGGCAAACAACCAGAACCUGUAUUGUUUCGUAAAAGGCGUGGCACCCAUGUGGGAAGACAGUGUCAAUAGGGAGGGUGGCCGGUUGACGACGCUGUGUCCCAACAGGGCUGAUCUGGACGACUUGUUUGAUUGGGUGCUCGCCUCGUUUGUCGGUGGCAAGUUGACUAAAGACGGCAUGGUCGGUCUGGUCUUGUCCAAGCGAAGCCGGGGUGAUCGGAUCGAGUUGUGGCUAGAUGGCUCUGCGUCGGUGGAUACGAUGCCUGCACUCAAGGCCCAGCUGUGUCAAUACCUGCCAGAGCAUCUGUGCGCUUUGGUGAACGCAUCUCGCUACAAAAAACACUUUGACAAGUAAAAUACGUCGUAUCAUAGUCAUUAUUCCCCCCCACACCACACACCCCUUGUUCUUCUUCUCUGUCUUUACCUGUAAACAAACCAUGUACAAAAGAAACCUUUCUCUUCGUAAAUAUAUUCGUCAACCCAACAGAGUCAUGCUAUGCCAUGUACUACAUGCAGCAGCAGCAGCAGCAGCAAGGGCUGUGCUAUCAUGAUUUGAAUGCUGUUCUUUCACUCACUGCGGGAUCCACGGGCACACACACAUACAUACAGGACAUACAUGCACUAUCAUUUACGCAUCAUAGUACACCAUCCCAUCGGGGCAACAAACAAGUGCGUGGGCGUAUGCUACUUAUUUAGCACAGGGCUCCAUUACUACACACCAAAAGAUGCAGAGAGCAACCUUAUUCAAUUUAAGCACAUUGAUAUGCGCACACACACACACACACACACUCGAGUCCUGCAAGUAGGGUGGAUAUCUACACAGCAGCUUCUAUAUCUUG